AUGGUGAAGAAGAAUGAUGCUCCGGUGUCUAGCUUGCUGCAUUCUUUUAGUUUCUUGCCUGUGAAGCAAUCUUCUUACGAAAAGCUGAACGUUGUUAGAGAAACCAUCAGGGCAAGAAUCUGUACAGAGGAAAUUGUGCCAAGCGUGUCACAUUUAGGACAAAAGUUCUUUCACAGGCCGUGCGAAGUUGGUCGUUUGAUUUCUUCUUUCUGGGAUAUCUUGGAGAAAGCGAGAAGAGAAGGUGCGAGUUUGCAUAAUAUAUCAUCACAUGGGAUGUAUAUUCUUGAUUCUUCCUUUGAUAGACCUGAAAACGAUAAUGUUCUCAGUUUCUUGGGGUUGAAGCAAGUAAGCAACGAAUGGUAUGCGAAAUGCAUACAAGGCUGCGAUCUCGUGACAAGUGUAUCGGAAGAGACUUAUGUGGAGAUUCUGUUUUUCAUAGCUGAGAAUUGGGAAUCAAGAUUUCAGAACACAAACAUGGAUAAAGUCCCUCUUAUCAAGUACCUUGUUCAGAAAGGAACGAGUUAUGUAAGCAGCUUGUCAGAUUUGAGUUCUCUGACGCUAUGUCUCUCUUCAGAUAAGAACCAUGCAUGGCUUCUUGAUUGGAACAGUGAGUUUCUUAGAUGCAUGCCUAAGUUUGUUUUCUUGCCGCAAAUAACGCGAACAGCGUUGAAAGCUUCCUCCAACAGACAAACGAUAUAUGAUUGGCUUAAACUGAAGGUUAAAGUCAUCGAUCUUAGCGUAUCUGAUUACGCAAAACGUCUCCGAGAGAGUCUUAACGGAGACAAGAGGCUUGUGGUUGCGUAUGCACACUUCUUGCAUCACUCAAUCUCGCAGGGCUUUUUAUCCAUAGGAGAGGCUGAGAAAUGCUGCAGCAAUGGCAUGCCUCUUGUGGACAACUAUGGGGAUGUUAACACAAACAGGCACGGUGUUCUUGUUCCCGCUAGUGUUGGUAAAUGGGUUAGCUUAACCGGUUCGAAUCCUUGGACGCAGGACGGUUAUAUAGAGCUCUGGGAAGAGUACAUGUCGUCUGGAAAGUUCGCUGGUGUAAGGUCUGGUCAUAGAGAGCUUCUAGGGUUCUUGGAAACUUAUGUUAAAGCUGGAGAUAUACCUGAGAUACAACCACCAGAUGCUGCUAUACCUGCGUUAUCUGGUUCUCUAAUAAAAGAGAAUGCUUUGUUGCUUUUGGAGUGGAUAAAGAAUAAAAGAAACUCUCUUCCUCCCAAGUUUCUUGAUUCUGUUAAAAGGGGAAGCUGGUUGAGAACGAAGAUGAAUAAUUCCUCUGAUUAUAGGCCACCGUCUCAGUCUUUUUACCAUACUUCAUCAUGGGGAAAAAUUCUGAAAAGCGGAUCGAUUCUUGUUGAUAUGCCACUUGUUGAUCGAAGAUUCUACGGGAAGAAGAUUGAGAGUUACCAAGAAGAGCUGAAACUUGCUGGUGUCAUGUUUGAGUUUAGUCAAGCUUCUAGGUUUGUUGGCGAACAUCUUAUGAGUUUAGCUGGGAGCUCGUCUCUGUCAAGAGCCAGCGUUAUUUCGAUUCUGAAAUUUAUCAGACACUUGAGAGAGAAGCUUCUCCCACCUGACGACUUCAUCAGAGCCAUCAAGAAUAUACCUUGGCUUAGGACAAGUUCCGGUGACAGACCACCACAUGGAGCUGUUCUGUUCAGCCAAGACUGGAAAGCUGCGUCGCUGAUCUGUGACAUUCCGUUCAUUGAUAUAGAUGUCUACGGUGAGUCUGAUCUCAGCGGCUUCAAGGAAGAGCUUAAGUUGCUUGGCGUUGUGGUUGAGUUUCCCGGUAACCACAGCCUCGUUUUCUCUCAUUUGAAUCUGACCAAGCUUAAUCAUAUGACGUCCGAUGCAAUGCUCUUAGUUCUUGAUUGCAUGCGUCAAUUGAUACCUCCUCCAACGCUGAUGCAUGUCAUGAGAACUUCUCAAUGCUUUAAGACGAGAAGUGGAUACAAAGCUCCUGCGGAUUGUUUCUUACCUGAUGAGGAAUGGAGUUGUCUCCUCUCUGUUUCCGAUUGCUUCCCUCUGAUCGACGAGGGUUUCUACGGAGACAAAAUCUUAACGUACAAAGACGUGCUGAAGAAGAUUGGUGUUGUGGUUGAGCUUGAAGAUGCUGUGAAAGUCUUUGUACAAACCUUUAAGAAGAAAGCUACUUCCGUUGGUCUAACUCGAAACUGCGCCUUGUCUCUCCUGUCUUGCUACAAGAAACUGAUGGCAAGUACACACAAGUUUCCUGAAGAUCUUAUGAAACUCUACAAAGAGUUACAGUGGCUGCCUACAAAGCUCGGCGACUUUCGUGCACCAAAGGACUGCAUCCUCUAUGAACCAGAAUGGGAACCUCUCCGGCUCAUAGCGAAUCUACCCUUUAUCAAUGACGUCUCAGACAGCAUAAGCGACUACAAGAAAGAGCUAAAGAGCUUAGGAGCCACAGUUGAGAUGAGAGAAGGCAUGCGCCAUUUGGUUAGUUGCUUAAGUCUCCCUUAUGAUCCAUCUCGGAUCACUGCUACAAGUGCGUUGUCUCUUUUGAAGUGUGUCACGUUCUUGAUUGAGAGUAGAUUACUCUCUAACGAGUUUCUUGAUAAGGUUUCUGUCAAAUGGUUGAAGACACAUAAUGGUUAUCAUAGUCCAAAAGAGUGUCUUUUGUUCGAUAAAAGCUGGAAACUAGAGCCGUGUGAUGGUCCUUUCAUAGAUGAAAAGUAUUACGGCAUAUCAGCGCUUAAAGGUUACAAGAGAGAGCUUAUUGAGAUUGGAGCUUGUCAUGAUUCAGCUAAAGCCUGUCAGUUGCUUGCUAACCACGUUUACACUCAUUCUGAUUCUGCUGCGAUUACAAGGAUAUAUAGGCUUCUCAGUAGAUUUCAGUGGAAAGCCGAGAAAGGUGGUGAGUUUCCAUGCAAGAUUUGGAUCCCAAGCGAUGGUAAAUGGGCAGAUGUUUCUAGCUGCGUGAUCUGUGACAAAGAUAAACUCUUUGGAUCGCAGCUAAACGUUCUUGAAAACCAUUACAAGGACAAGAAACUUCUUGGCUUCUUCUCAUCGGCGUUUGACGUGAGAAGUAAGCCUUCCAUUGAAGAUUACUAUGCUUUGUGGAAAUAUUGGGAGACGACGAGGAACUUCUUGUCCAACGAAGAGUGUUGUGCGUUCUGGAGUUUCGUCGUGGGACACAGUAACACGGUUGAAGCCGAGAAGCUUCUCUCUGAAACGUUUUCGCGUUUGCCCGUAAACGCAACAGAUGGGAGCAAUAGUGGUGGAGGAGUGUUGUUGUGUAGCAAGAGCGACGUGUUCAUAGGUGAUGACUUGCGCUUGAAGGAUCUCUUCAUAUAUUCUCCUGUUUUCGUCUGGUACCCAACUCCAAGCAUCCCUACAUUGUCACAAACGAAGCUUAUGGAGAUUUACAGAGUCAUCGGCGUGAAAGAGAUCUCCAAAUGCGUCGAGAUCGCUGAAGCUAAGUUAACAGAUAGAGUCAAAACCGUGAAGCAAGAGAAUAACAAUAAUCUGAUCGGACCUGGCUUAGUGAGGCUAAUUCUAGGGUUCCUCUCUGAUCCAUCUCUCAAGAUAGAAGCUGAGGAACGUUCUAGGAUCAUACAUGGCCUUCUUAGCCGCAACGUUGUGCAAACUCCGGAGACGAUCUCGACGGAGUAUACUCUGAAUCUACCGUCUAAGGGAGAGAAGAUAAUCGCUAAGGCUGAGAGGAUGAUAAGGUGGGAGAGAGAGAAAGGAGUGCUUUAUGCAGAGAAGAUGAAGAAACGUUGUGGUCAAAGAAAGGUUAUAGAGAACGCCACGUGUUUCGCUGAGGUGAUUGCUAAAGGAGUGAUGUGGGAGAGAGAGGAUCUGAUUGGACAGUUAUCAGAGCUUGUGAAGAUGGCUUACUUGUUGAAGUUCGAUGAAAAGGCUUUAGAGUUUCUUAUGAAAUCCAAAAACCUUCAGGUCUAUGAAGAAGACGAGAAACUCAUCUCAGAUGCCUUCUCUCUCAAGUAA